AACCCACGCCGUGUUGACAGUAGGCGUGCAUGCAUAGCUUCUUCCCCUCUCUCCUACCACCUGCCUAUCCACACAUCUACACACUUGCACCCAUAUCUGCGUGGUGGACGAGCCGGCUAUCGUGUCUGGCUACCGUGUCUGGCUACCUGGGACGUCGUGACAGCGAGCCUAUAGCGUCUCGCCGCGCUCCCCGUUCGCGCCUGCCUCUUGCGCUGUACGUGGUUUCCCUGGACAGUGCUGCUUCUGCUCUGUUGUUUGCAGGCCAGAUCGGGUCUUCACAGCCGCAUCGCACCCUACCCAACACGCCCAACCACAACCCAUAAAUCCACCGCCUUCCCUGCGCAAACCGCAAACCGCAAACCCCUCUGUCCCGUCAACCCUCUGCCCGUCAACCCACUGUCCGCCAACCCUCAGCCCCGUCAACCCCAGAACAAACACCGCCUGCAGUCACCAUGGUCCGCUCCCGCCGCCCGCAGCGCGAUGUGAGCGCCUCCCGCUCUGACUCCUCUUCGUCGACCUCGCCCGAGCGGGACUUUGGCUUCGACGAGGACAAGGACUCCAUCAUGCUGCAGUCCAACGACUCGCUGUCGUCGCUGGCUCCCUCCGUCUCGCCCGACACCGACGACGAGGCCCUCCGCCGCGCCAUCGAGGAGCAGAACCGCGUCUCCCCGAUAUCGCGCCUGCCCGCCGAACUCGUCAUCGCCGUCUUCGCCAAACUCUCGUCCCCCGCCGACCUCAAGAACUGCAUGCUGGUCUCCAAGGACUGGUCGAGGAACAGCGUGGCCCUGCUCUGGCACCGUCCGUCGACCAGCAAGUGGUCCAACGUCAAGAAUGUCAUAUCCACCGUCCGGAAGGCGGACAGCUUCUUCGACUACAGCAGCCUGAUCAAGCGCCUGAACCUGUCGGCUCUGGGCCCGGAAGUCAGCGAUGGCACGCUGGGACCCCUCUCCGGCUGCAAGCGCAUCGAGCGCCUCACGCUCACAAAUUGCACCAAGCUGACGGACCUGAGUCUUGUGACUAUGCUCGAACACAACAGGAGUCUGCUCGCCUUGGACGUCACAGGCGUGGAUUCGCUCACCGACAAGUCAAUGCUCGCUCUGGCAAAGGACGCCGUACGCCUGCAGGGCUUGAACAUCACAAACUGCAAGAAGAUCACAGACGAGUCGCUGGAAGCCGUCGCAAAGGCCUGUCGUCAUCUGAAGCGCCUCAAGCUGAACGGGUGCUCGCAACUGACCGACAAGUGCAUCAUCGCCUUCGCCAUGAAUUGCCGCUACAUUCUCGAAAUCGACCUGCACGACUGCAAAAACCUCGAGGACGAAUCCAUUACCACACUCAUAACCGAGGGACCCCAUCUGCGUGAGCUGCGCCUCGCCCACUGCUGGAAGAUCACAGACCAGGCCUUCCUCCGCCUUCCCAGCGAGGCACUAUACGAGAGCCUGCGGAUACUGGACCUCACAGACUGCGGCGAGCUCCAGGACUCGGGGGUGCAGAAGAUUGUAUCUGCGGCUCCGCGACUCCGCAACCUCGUCCUGGCCAAGUGCAGAAACAUCACAGACAGGGCCGUCAUGGCCAUCACACGCUUGGGCAAGAACCUACACUACAUCCAUCUCGGCCACUGCUCGCGCAUCACAGACAUGGGUGUCGCGCAGUUGGUCAAACUUUGCAACCGCAUCCGCUAUAUCGACUUGGCGUGCUGCACCAACCUCACAGACAACUCCGUCAUGCAACUGGCGACACUACCAAAACUGAAGAGGAUAGGACUGGUCAAGUGCGCAGCCAUCACAGACCGCAGCAUACUGGCACUCGCGAAACCAAAGCAGAUAGGCUCUGGUGGACCCAUCGCGCCCAGUGUGCUCGAGCGGGUCCACCUCAGCUACUGCACCAACCUCACUCUCGCGGGUAUCCACGCCCUCCUAAACAACUGCCCCCGCCUCACCCACCUCAGCCUAACAGGCGUGCAAGCCUUCCUCCACGACAACCUCCUCGUCUUCUGCCGCGAAGCACCUCCCGAGUUCAACGAGCACCAGCGCGACGUCUUCUGCGUCUUCAGCGGCGUCGGCGUCCAGCGCCUCCGCGGCUUCCUCAACACAAACGCUCAGGACCAGAAUCAUGGCGAGCCCUUUGAUAACGAGCGCAGCAUCUACGAUGAGCGCGAUGAUCAUGAUGUUAUUCUUAAUGUCACGGCUCAGGCGCACGGCAUGGCUAUCGAUGAGAUGGACGAUGAGUUUGGGAAUGAUAGCGAGAUGCUUGGGCAGGAUUGAUGUGUGUUUUUUUUCGGAGGCUUUGGCUUGCUUUUUCGCGUGGAUUUUUCUUCAUCGGGGUGGCUAUCAGGGUAGAAUGAAACAUUGCGGAUAUGGCGUUUGGGUGGGGGGGGGGCUCGGAUAUGAUGAAGGGCAUGGUUAUCGGGCGUUUUUUUGCACGCGGUCGUUCUGGAGGACGCCAGGCCCCGGGUGGGAUGGGAUGGGAUUACGGUGCGGUGCGGCUGGCUAGCUAGGCGACGAUACCCUUUGUAUGUUUGUUUUCCUUGUCAGUCAGUCAGUCAGUCAGGCAGUGUUUCGAUCGCGUGUGCACAGAUUGUAUGCAUAUACAUAUGCAUAUCAUAUCACAGUAUAGCAUAAUCUGUAUACACAACAUCCCAAACACCUCCCACAGUGAGUGACUACCACCUACUUCAGCAACCCACACAUAC